GAAGAAGCGAUGUUUGUAAACAAAAACAGUAACUUUAUUUAAAAGCUUUUUUGCGUUAGUAGUGUAUCGUUGUGAAUGUCCUAGUCCUAGUGGUUACUAGCGGUAACAGUACAUUAAGAAAAGGAAUGUUAUUUCUGUUUUAAAAAUAAAUUAAACUUAAGCUUAUUCGUGUAAGUGACGUAUAGGUGUAUGAAAAUGGUGAAUUUGAAUUUCGAUUAUGAGGAUACAAAGGAAGUGCCCACUUCCGAAAUUGAUAAGAAGUUUUGGGAAUACUUUGACGCGACGUCCACGGAGAUUUCGAACUACUCGAGCGCAGACCUGGUACCAUUGGACCAAGGGCCGGUGUUGGCCACAUACGCCAUACUGUUGGCCAUCGGUGGUGUAUGCAAUAUCGCUGUAUUGGUGAAGCUGGCCAAACCUCGCCGAAGGAAGUCGAGAGUGGACAUGUUAAUGACGCAUUUGGCUCUGGCCGAUGUGUGUGUUACUUGCGGAGUGAUCCCGCUAGAGAUCGGUUGGAAAUACACGAAUGCGUGGUUGGGCGGGAACUUCCUCUGCAAGUUGCUGCUGGUGUUGCGAGCUUUCGGUCUCUACUUGUCGUCCAAUGUUCUCGUUUGCAUAUCCAUCGACAGAUUCUUUGCUGUUAUUUAUCCGCUGAGGUUGCCGGAAGCAAAACGCAGAAGUAGGCAGAUGCUGUAUUGUGCCUGGGUCGGCGCACUAGCAUGCAGCUUACCGCAGAGCAUGGUAUUCCGUGUGAAGCACCAUCCUCGUGUGAUCGGCUUCGAGCAGUGCGUGUCCUUUGACGCGUUCAACUCCUACGAGCAGGAAGUAGCGUACAACGUGUUCUGUAUGUGCGCGAUGUACUUCCUGCCCCUGAUUGUCAUCACGGUCUGCUAUGUUUGCAUCUUCUGCGAGAUACGAAAGAGCAGUAAAGAGCUUGGUGACAAAUACCACAGCGGACUUAAGCCCGUGCGCCUUCGGAGAUCAGACAGGAGUCUGUUAGAGCGAGCCCGCAGGCGGACCCUGCGUAUGACAGUAACCAUUGUGUCAGUCUUCGCUUUGUGCUGGUUACCGUACGCGAUCAUGGCGAUGUGGUACAUGGUGGACCGGGAAUCUGCUUCGAAGGUCUCCCGUCGAAUCCAAGAUUUGUUAUUCGCGAUGGCCGUCUCCAAUUCGUGCAUGAACCCGCUCGUCUACGGCUCCUACACCCUGGACAUAAGAGGAGCGCUUCGGAGGUUCCUCAAGAAAUGCUGCAGCUCGACUACGCCUGAAGUAAAAGGUCAGGCUGGUUCGAGCUCCAACAAGAACGCCAACUUUGAUACUCCACACAUCACGGAACCCAAGAAUAUUCGCACCCGUCUGGGAGUGAGGUUCGCGGAAACGUCACUGACGGCCGUGCCCGAGAGGCUUGAGGUCCCGAGGGCGCCACGCGGGCCCGCCUGACGCCCACCAGCCCGCCUGCUGUGCGCCCAGCAGGAGAGGCGUCGCGUGCUAAACGAACAUUUCAAGGAUAAACGACGAUUACCGGAAGAGUUGUAAAUACGCGGAUACUCUAAGUCUCUGAAACCGAGGACCCAAGAACUAAGUACUU